CGGCCAUGUGACGCACGUUUGUCAGUCUCUAGGUAACCGUGGUGGCAAACGGAUGCGUCCGGAAAAUAUCCUUUCUAUCGAUUCAACACCGAAAGUUGUACGGUCGUAUUGUCCCUAAUCGCUGGUGCUAGGUCAAGUAACGCUCGCGUUACGACUGGCGUUGAUAUCUACGGUGAGCUACACGGCACUUGCCGCAUUAUGGUGAUUUUCUUAUUGGAAUUCUGUAACUAGUGUUGUGUGUGCGCGCCCGUACUUCGAUUGCGAGAGUGUCGAUUCUCAUGUGUAACGAAACUGUAAACAGCGAUAGAGAGACGGAGAGAGAAGGCCAACGGCAGCAGGCAGAAUCACCAAACAAGCGAGUUGCUGCUGGGUGAAUGAUUUGACAGCACUCAGAACAUUCUGCAAGCUGAACAUAGGACAAAAAGUGUUUACGUUUUCAUUAGUGUAACGCGAUUGUUUGUGAAAUAACUGUUUUGUGUCUAAUUGUAUACAGCCGUGAAGCUGACCGAUCCAAGUGACGAAAGUGGAUUUUUUCCGAGUGUACUAGAAAUACCGCAAUUCAGCAUUGAUAUUGUCAACAAACUCGGUACAAUCAACACCUGAACGUUCCGAGACAGGUGUCUAAUUAGAAAUUAGAGUUAUCGCAUUAAAUCUAAAUCAACGGACAGAAGAAGUUAGCAAGUUUUGUCGGUCUAAGUGUCUUACUGGAGGUUGAAACAAUCCGUGACACGGCGAUGAAAGACAGACGCAACAUUUGCUUACUCGCAAGAGUUUGUUUACAAUCUGGAGACUCACAGUUCAAGGCCUGCUCCAGGAUGAAUAUCGUACAUCUGCAGUGAGAGUGACCACUAACAGCUGGAACUACGUUUUACUGGCUUCGAUGCAGUUCAACUUGCGUUCGAUUUCCGACCAGAAAACAUUAAACAAAAUCCGUAGCCCAAAAUAUUGACAUUUUGUGGUUGUCCCAGUUUCAGCGGUGUUUCGUUUUUCGCUGUUUUCUCGUGUGUUCUGAUUGUACCAACUCUCCGCGUGAACCUACUGCUGCUGUUGUUACGGCAAAGUUGUAUGGGUGUGAGUGUAUUCACCGCCUAUACCGUGAGAGUUACUGUUACUGCGGGCAAAUCCGGAAAAUAGAUUUAAAUUAUGUUGUGCAAUCUACCAAAAUAGUUAAUGUUAUUAGUGUCGUUCUGGAUCGAUGUGUAGUUUAUUGGAUGUUGUUAGUGGCACAGAUUUCAUCUAACCGUGAAACAAUUCGUGCGGUCCGGGUCCGAAUUCGUAUCGAGCAUCAAAUCUUAUAAGAAAAUUUAAGUCGAAUGUGUGUUGGUGUUCCGUAGCAAGCUGGUAGUUACCACGAAGAUUGGUUGGUCAUAGGGUGGAAAAGAUUGGGCUCCGAAAAAGAAAUCUCUCUGUGUAGAAGUGAGGCAAUGCUAUUAUGCUGCGGGAUGCUGCCAGUGCUGAAAGCGAAGUGAUUCCAGUGUAAAAUGCGCUUGGGAUGGUGUUUGUAAAUUUCGUGUAUGCUGAUCUGGUUCCGCAGUAGCAGCCAGGCCGUCAUUUCGGAAGGAAAAUGUUUCCAGUGUCAAAUUAUGAGUGAAAUCCAAUUUUCUUUAACCGAGUAGGGCUAUAGGAAAUUUUUUCGUUCAUUUGUUUCUGUUUGCUCCUCGUUGAUGCCGCGUAGUGUAGAACCGUGCCAGUGAACGUGAAACAAGUGCGUGUAACAUAAUUGAAAUAAAUUGUAAAGCGUAAAUGUAAUUUUGAAACGACGAAGAAAUACCGACGACGACGAGGACGACGCAGCAAAAAUGUCCUCUCAUCACCUGUACGGGGCACUGAUUGCCUUGACCUGUGUGUUGUGUUAUCACAACAGCCUGAACUGUGGCUUCGUGUUCGACGACAUUAGUGCAAUCAAGGAAAAUCGGGACCUGCGACCGCAUUCGUCCAUCAAAAAUGUUUUUCUCAACGACUUCUGGGGAACACCGAUGCAUAAGGAGCAGAGCCAUAAAUCAUACCGGCCGCUGUGUGUGCUGACAUUCCGGUGGAAUUAUCUGCUGCAUGGACUGGAACCGGCCGGUUACCAUCUGGUGAACGUGCUGCUCCACACCGUCGUCUCGCUGAUGUACUUCCGAAUGUGCGCAACGCUCCUGUCGGAGGUGGCCAGCUUUGCAGCGGCGAUGCUGUUCGCGGUGCAUCCCAUCCACACCGAAGCGGUAACCGGUGUGGUUGGUCGUGCCGAAACGUUAUCCUCGGUGUUCUUCCUGGCGGCGUUCAUCUUCUACACCAAGGCAACCAGGCGGAAAAAAUCAACCGGCUGGCGCUAUCUCUCGGUCGCGAUGAUGUUCGUCACAACGGCGAUGCUUUGCAAGGAACAGGGCAUCACCAUAACCGGUGUCUGUGCGAUCUAUGAAAUAUUCGUCGCCCAAAAGAUCCGCCUCCGUGACAUCUACCACCUGGCCCGGUCGGUGAUGAGUGGAAAAUCGCUGGCCCUACCGAGUGGCUGGUGGCCACAUGAAGCCACUCGCCGGUUAGCCGUACUGUGCGUGGCCACCGUAGCACUUUUGUUCGCUCGAUUGCAAAUUAUGGGCUCCCAGCUACCGGUCUUCACGAGAUUCGAUAAUCCCGCCUCGGUGUCCGCAACACCCACCCGGCAACUCUCGUACAACUAUCUGGCGUCGGUCAACCUGUGGCUGCUGCUGUUCCCGUGCAAUCUGUGCUGCGACUGGACCAUGGGAACCGUUCCGCUGGUGGAAAGUUUUACCGAUCCGCGCAAUCUGAUUACCCUGAGCGCUUACGGUUUGCUCGGUGUGCUGGUUUGGGCGGCCUUCGCUCAGACCGACCGGCAAAAAUCGGCGGUAGUUGUAAUGGGCCUCGCAUUCAUGGUGCUCCCGUUUCUACCGGCAUCGAACCUGUUCUUUCCGGUGGGCUUCGUAAUCGCCGAACGGGUUCUCUACAUGCCCUCGAUGGGAUUCUGCAUCCUGGUGGCGUACGGAUUUCAGCUUCUCACGGAGCGGUGGUCGCGCAAGCUGUCCUGGUUCUGCCUUUGCUUUCUGCUGCUGAGUCAUUCAAUUAAAACUUACAACCGCAAUGCUGACUGGGAAUCGGAGUACACUAUCUUCAUGUCCGGUCUGAAGGUCAACCAGCGGAACGCUAAACUAUUCAACAACGUUGGUCACGCACUGGAAAGCGAAGGGAAAUUCGAGGAAGCUCUUCAGUUUUUCCACAAAGCGGUAAGCGUCCAGGAGGAUGACGUCGGGGCCCAUAUCAACGUUGGUCGAACGUACAAUCAUCUGAAAAUGUUCAAGGAAGCGGAGCAGGCCUACCUGAAGGCAAAAUCGCUCCUGCCGAAAGCAAAACCGGGUGAAUCGUACCAGGCCAGGAUUGCCCCGAAUCACUUGAACGUCUUUCUGAAUCUGGCCAAUUUGAUUUCGAAGAACGCGACCCGACUGGAGGAAGCUGAUCUGCUCUACCGGCAAGCGAUCAGCAUGCGGUCGGAUUACACCCAGGCGUACAUCAAUCGAGGCGACAUCCUGAUCAAACUGAAUCGCACCAAGGAAGCACAGGAAGUGUACGAAAGGGCACUGCUCUACGAUAGCACCAAUCCGGAUAUCUACUACAAUCUGGGUGUUGUCUUCCUGGAACAAGGCAAAGCGUCCCAGGCGCUGGCCUACCUGGACAAGGCACUGGAGUUCGAUCCGGAACAUGAGCAGGCGUUGCUCAAUUCGGCCAUCCUACUGCAGGAGCUGGGCCGGCCCGAACUGCGAAAAAUUGCUCGCGAGCGGUUGCUCAAAUUACUAGCCAAGGACGAAAUCAACGAACGAGUUCACUUCAAUCUCGGCAUGUUAGCGAUGGACGACCGAAACACGGAUGAGGCAGAAAAUUGGUUCCGCCGAGCGAUUCAUCUCAAGCAAGACUUCCGCAGUGCUCUGUUCAAUUUGGCUUUGCUGUUAGCUGACGAUCACCGGCCCCUGGAAGCUGCCCCUUUCCUCAACCAACUGGUUAAGUAUCAUCCGGAUCAUAUCAAGGGUCUUAUACUAUUGGGCGACAUCUACAUAAAUAAUAUAAAGGAUUUGGAUGCGGCUGAAAAUUGCUACAAACGCAUUCUUCAGCUGGAUCCGAUCAACAUUCAGGGCUUGCACAACCUUUGUGUGGUUUACGUCGAACGGGGCAAGUUGCUUCAGGCUCAGUCGUGUUUGUCACACGCUCACCAGCUGGCACCAGGCGAGGACUACAUUCUGCGCCAUCUACAGAUUGUCCAAACCCGUAUCGGUCGACUACGGGGAACUGCCGGCACAAGCCGGGAGAAAGAAAUCGCCUUCACGGAGUUUGAUCCGCGAGAAUUCGGAGGAAACCCGUCUGCCACAGAAACCGAAUUUCAGCAGCUCAUUGAACGCAAUGACGUGGAAACUGUUGAUACAAACGAUGGUGGCAGCACCAGCAGCAGUAGUAUUAGUAGAACUAGUAAUAGUGUUAGUAGUGAUAAUGAUAAGCAAAAUAAUUUGGAAACAUUAUUACCUCAAACGAAAGAUUCGACUGAAGGAAACAACAGCAGCAGCGGCAGCAGUAGUAGUAGAAGUAGCAGUAGCAGUAGUAGCAGUAGUAGUAGUAUUAAUAGUGGUAGUGGUAGUAUACAAGACGAUGGCAACAGUGAGCCCAUUUUUAUCGAUUCAGAAGAAACAGUCCCGUCGUCGUCUUCAUCGUUGUCUGGUGCAGGUGAAAACCAUCAGCUACAGAAAGCGCCUAUAAUUGACAAUGAUACAACUGGCAGCAGUCGGCAGACCAGUGCUAGCAUCAAAGACAGCAGUGAUGCUAGUAUAGCUAGUCGCGACAGCGUAGAUGCUGUUUCGCAGUCACACCACAAUCACCACCAGCAGCAGCAACAGCAGCAACGGCAAAGGCGACGAAACGUUGCCUUCCACCAGGCAGGCAGCGGUGGGCGAAUUGCCAACAGCUUCCUAGCAAGCGACGAGCCUGCACUGGUCGAGAAGGACUUAGAUAAUCCGUCGUCCGAGAUGUCAUAGCAUCAAAUGCUUAACUAUAAGUUAGACUGUUUCAAAAUUAAUUAGGACUGAACUGAACUGAAUCUGCACUGAUAUUAAUGGUGGUGUUAAUGAAAAGAUAAUCGACGUGUAUGAAUGUGAUUGACGUGCUUCUCUCUCUCACACCAACACACACAAGGAGGAGCUGUUUUGUUAGCGUUGACUACCUUACUGAAGCGUAAUUACUUUCGCAACUGGAGGCAAGUUAAGUGCAACGGCAUGGUACUGAACGUCAAAACAGAAACAGCAGGUACGAUUGGAGUGACUAAUUUCCUCUUUGCGGAUUCGAGAUCGGUUGAUUUCUUUUUGAUUACUACAAUUCAGGACCAGGUCCAGGAAUUUACACUUACUGCACCCAACUCCUUCGGGCCAAUCGUACUCUUACUGCCACUAAACCGACUUGCGUCAUGAAGGACCCGGUAAAAACAAUUCGUUCGAAGCUAUUGCCGAACGCUUAACUGCCUCUUUAGAAGUAUUUUCCAUAUUUUCCUACGUUAAGACUGAUUUGCUUCCAUGGCAAUCAAAUUUAUGUACUUAUACUCUUCUCAUAUUUGUUACCGUUAUGAUUCAAGUGAUCAAACGAAAUCAGAUUAUGCAUGAGAACGGAGGGUGAAAACUGAAAGUCACACCCAUUAAGGAACAUAAACUGAAUGAAAACACGUUAAAUUGUUACUUUUGGAAAUUGCUGUUAUUAAUGGCUCCAUUUGGGAGAUGAACGAUGGUAGUAUAUUUAGGAAGGUUAGAAUAAACUCGCCGAGCACAGUAGGCGACACAGAGAAUACUUCUUCAAGAAAAAAAACCAGCGGUAAUUGAAUAAAGCCGUCAACUUCUACCAUGUGAAACAGGCGAACCUAGGGAGAAAAGGGCGCAUGAAAUGAAAGGGGGAAACUAAUGUAAAUAUAAUCAGUUGCACCCAGUGGCACACUACUCAGACAGAAUCAACCCCAAGAAGGCUGCAAGCUUUCCGCAUUCUGCGUACUGCAACGAACGAGCCUACAGGGGAGCUUGCACGAGAGCGGAAUGUCAUAACAAUUUAGGAACUGAUGUAUGUUUAGGAAAUAAAUAGUAAAGCAAACCCAAAAAAAGACAAAUGAGAGAAAAUUCGUAUUGGCUAGAUGAACAGAAAGCGAGAAAGAUAGAGAAAGAGAGAGAAUGAGAGAGUGGACGUAAAUAGAAUAUAUUUUCCCACGCAUGAUUGUGCUGACAGAAACCUAUGUGACAGUAGUAAAAUUAAAACAACCCGUUAGUAUAAACAGUUUGUGGUCAAAUGAGAACAUAUUUGCUGGUUGGAAAUAAAAACAUUGGUUCGCUCGGAUGAUGAAGAGAAAGAAAGACAGCCAUUAAUAUUUGCUAGAUAAUAUUGUUAGGAUUUUUUAUGAUAAAAGAAAAAUGUGAUCGUCUUUGUUCUCGAUGAUGGGAUAAACUGUACUUACGUGAAAGCAAAACAAUUAUGUCGAAAGAUGGGAGGAAUGCAUAUCUUACGUUUGGAUCUAUUAAUGGAGUUAGCUUUUUGUGUUAGUAGUCACGUAUUAAAGAACAAGUGCUGGAGAAAAGAAUAUAAAUGAACUGUGUAUCAACUGUGUCACAAACAGAACAACCAUUUGUUAUUAAUUACAAGAUAUAUGUGUGACAGACAACCUGUAAACAGAGAAAAUCACACUACAGCUUAAACAACCUAUAAGUAUGGGGAUAAGUUUGUAGUAACUGUGUUAGCUAUUAGAUAUUUCUUCAUGAUUUACUGCUUAUGUAUCGUUGUCUUUGGUGAUGGGUUAGGGUAAUGGGGUAAAUAUUUACACGUGGUUAACCACCUAUGAAAUUGUAGCGAAAACUACCAAUAAUCUCCUCAAAGCGUCUGAAUGAUGGAAACGCACGGUAGUUCUGGCUGUGCUCGAUUUGGUCGCCUUGAAGUAGGCAUCCUAAUACAACAUCACGUCACCGUACAAUCUAAACUAAGGCGUUGGUAAAAGCUAACAUCGUCAUCGCAUAAAUUUUAGUCUACUUUUGAGUCCAAUGAUUAGCAUAUCGGGACAAAAUCGGCACCUAUAAACGAUUUUCUACUUCCAACGGUACCAAAUCGAGCCUCGUUAAGGUUCGGCCUGCGAACAUAAAGAUAAUUUUGAAGUAAAUAUACUUUGGAUGACCGGCCUGAUAAAUCAAAGAUACUCCGAAGGCGCUGCUAUUGCAGAAGUCUGGAUCGGAACAUAACCUCGUGUAAAUGUUUGCAACUCAUUUAGUUUUAUGUGAGCUAUUCGUUUAGUACCUUAAUAUAUACAACUUCCAUUCCCGUUUGGAGCGGCUCUUUUCAUAGUGAUUGACCGGAAAGCUUUUCAGCCGAAGCUUAGAAUGUCGAGAAGGAUAUAAUAAUAAUAAUAAUAAUACUAAUUAAACAGAAGAAAAGAACCUCUGCAGAGGCUCGGUCUAUAUUUAGCGGAAAUGAGAUUCGUACUUAAGUUGAAGAAAGGGUGAAAAGUACUCUAUUUAAGGAAAAUAAAUGAAAACUGAAUUGUAA